GGUUCCAUUUCAAAUUUCUAGUCGUAUUGAUAACAUUCUUUCGAGACAGAACAAAAAAUAAAUAUAAAGAAAAUUCUACAAAAUUGAAAAUGUCUGAAGAGAUAGAGAUUGAGGAGGCCGAGGACUUCCAUAGCUUGGGCUCUAACGAGGAUGAGGCUGCCUCUGGCAGUGGCACUGCCGGCACUGGCACCGGCGCCGGUGGCAGCAACAUUAACGGUACUGUCCAGACUCGGGAGGAUCGCUUUGCGUUGAAGAAGUGGGUGGCACACGCACUGUGGUCAUGGGACGUGGCCGUGGAUAACUGUGCCAUCUGUCGGAAUCACAUCAUGACCUUGUGCAUCGAGUGCCAGGCGGAUCCGAAUGCCCACAAGGAUGAGUGCACGGUGGCCUGGGGGGAGUGUAAUCAUGCUUUUCACUACCACUGUAUAUCGCGUUGGCUCAAGACCCGCCAGGUGUGUCCGCUGGACAACAAGGAGUGGGUCUAUCAAAAGUAUGGACACUAAGAGAAGAGAAGAGAGCUGGAGCUGAAUCCCCAUGUGAGGGAGCUCCAACCUCCACCCUGGUGUUCCGUGAUUAGCAUAUUGCAAAGACAAUAAAAAAUUAACAUAUAUAGUAGUAA